UUGUGAAGGUAUUGGCAUCGGUUUUUUGGGGCAGAUUUGUGCUUCGUUUGGAUACAAACGAAAAAAAAAACCUGUGCCUUUUUGGGGUGACGUUGGUUCAUCUAGCGAGUUUUGCUAGAGGAAUUCACCUUGUGCAAGGAGUAAAGAAUAAAUUAAAUCAUAGCGGGCAGUGAUAGAGUUUGCUUGUAAUGAUCACAUAAUGGAAACAAAAUAGACAUUGACUAAAUAAACCCGUUAAAUACGGUGAGUAAGGGAAGUUAAAUUUAAACGGAGCGAGGGUUUUUUAGUCAAGACCCGUAGUAGGAAAAAAUCAUUUCAUUCCCAACUCGCUAAAAUUUUUAUUUUAGUGUUUUUUUUCAAAAGUAGGUAUACGAAAUCAUACGAAAAAAUCAAAUAUCGAAAAUACUUACUUGUGUCGAAACUGUGGGAAAAGUGAUCCUGUGAAUGAAGAUUGCAUACAAACAGGCGUAUUCUCCAUGACGAAGUUAAUGCACUUAUGCGAACCAUCCAAGUAACCUCAAACAGUGCCGCUCAAUGAAGAGCUUUCCAUUGUAAGCUCAUCUAAACGCAUCUUAGUACACACGCUUCUCCACAAAUAAAUGCAUUUUUUGUAACUUCUUUCUCAUAUCCUUUUCUGUACAUUUUUUACACGUACACAUUUCCUUCUAAUUUGUCCCUUUUCAUCCCCAUCUUCGGUCUUCUUCUACCAACUUACCUAAAAAAACCAUUUUCCCAAAAAUCAUAGCAUCACCCGCAAUUGCAAAACCCUAUCCCACCCAUCGGUUCCGUGCGGUUCAUUUAAUUCAUGCUGCCCUAAUGCUUCCAUUUGGGUUCGCCUCAUGUUCAGCUACGAAGCAUUCCGUUCAUGCACAUAGCGCAGUCUUGAUAGCAUUAUACUCCACCGGACCAGGCAGCCGACAUCCUUCCCUUUACGUACUUUUUUGCCUACUCGUGCCACCCCUAAGCGUGCUAGACAACUCCUCCUAACAUCGCCUUCACAGCCCUUCCCAGGGAUCCAGCAAUCUUGCUGUCAAUUAAAUUUCCGUUAAGAAAAUGAGCCCGAAAAUUCACAGCAACUUAAUCAGUCCCCCCGAGGGGGGGGGCUUUAGCGUUUGGAUCGUUGGUUCGUGCUUUCCACCAUGGCCAACAUUUACCACCACACAACAAUAACGGAAAAGUGUCUAAAAUGAGAUGAGGUUGCUCGAUGCUUUCCAGCACGCGAUGAUGUGCUUCGUACGCUUUAUGCGGGCGUAAAAGAGAUAGCAAAGCAAUGGAGAAAGUUUGUUCGUUUGUGUGAUGAAAAAUGAAAAAUAGAGCGGAAAAAGAGAUAGCGAGAACGUUAUGGUAAUUUACAGUUUUUCCUGCAUCCACAAUGAGGCUCAAAUGUUUGCUCGAUAUCGAAGAAAAAUGGCCGAUUCCGCAUUCUCUCGCUAACAAAUGGCGAGAGAAGGAAAACAGAAGGGAGUAGGAAGGAGAUAGGGUACUCAAAGAAAAAAAAAAAACAACCACUCGAAUGGAAAGAAGUAGCCGGAAGUGGAAAAAUCACGCAUGCGCUCAACAUACAAUUUCUCUAAAAGAUGGAAGCUAACCACUAGUUGACUCUUUCGUGCGAAUCACUCAAAUACUGUUCUAACCCACGGUAUAGGAAAAACAGUUUUCCACACGUACACAAUCGCAACGGCAUCAAUAUCCGUCGGUUUCCGGAGGAAAUUGUGGUGGAAAUGUUCCACAUUCCCUCGCUAAUAUUGUUGUCAAGUGUUAUGAUUUUAUUUUAGCCCAUCCUUCUCCCACAGAUUCACCCUCUCCCAAUUUUCCAUCCCUCACCCUUCACACCUUUACUUACACAUGGAAAAACAUGUAGCCGCGGUUUUCUCAUCUUCUCUCUUUCUCCUUCGCCCAUCAGUAGAUCAAGUUGCGAAAGCUCGACUGCUUGGAUUGUGCAUGGGGAAAAUCGAGCUAAAUGUGGGGGGGAAAAGUGACUGAUAACGUUAGCGGGGUGGAGGUUUAUUCCGAGAAUGAACAUUUAGGGACCAGAUUUGGUCGGGUUGGUUAGCCUUUUUACUCACAGUUUUUCCGACCCUUGCGGCAAACCUUCCCCUCGCGUAAACUCCCGCCGUGUUUUAUGGUACAGCAUCCGUGCAUCGUAUACUGCGUGUGUUUUCCAUUCAUGACUUUAUGGUAUUUUUAUUAGCCUUUCCGUUCUGUCCGCUAGCAAAUCCUUGAUGCGUUCGGAACGGGAAAUGGGACGUUGGUCGGAGUUUAGGGGGAAACGGUUUUGGGGUGGUUUUGAUUGUCUGGUCAAAUUAACGACUCCCUACCACUUGCCUUCGUCCGCUUUCCUAAGCACCUGCAAAAACAACAUCAUCAUUAUUGGGUGAGGUGGCAUUCUCACCCUUCCCGUACUCGUUGCAACACAAGGGAACCGGGCUCGUUCGGCAGAAAGGCCAUCAAGGGUUCGGGGUCGUCAUGCUGCAGGUCCCAAGGACGUCGGUUGUCCUGUCUGGUCCAGGGUGUUUGCCUCGUCAGUCAGUUGUUGACGUUCGUACGCGCGAUAUCGCUGUCCGGUUUACGGAGGCACUGGAAGUAUUGACGCUUGAUCAGUCACUCAAAGGACCUACUUAAUGAGGUGUGAAAAUGUGUUAAAUGGUGCAUUCGUAGGAAAUGAAAAAAAGUAUUUCCUCUCGAGACGGUGUGAUUAGUAAUCAGUUGUGAUAAAGUUAAAUGAACACUUGAAGUGAUUGCUUUCGGAUUAACUCUAAAGCCGUCGGAAACUAGUUGGAAUUUCGUGGUGAAGGAAAGAGUUUGCUUUUAAAUCGUGUUAAUUAAGCUGUUGGAAUUAACCUUUCUUUACGUAUUGAUCGCAAAUCACACACUCCCAACAUAACCACAAUUCCGACGGUAAAAACCUGACAGGAACUAUGAUUUAUCCCCACCAGUAUCAGCACACGGGAUGACACCUUCACCGCACGCCCAUUGGUCAUAGACGGUGGCAUCGUACCCAACAACGGAUUAUGUUACAGCCAGUACUGUAAGCCAACAAAAAAAAAAGUUUGUUGGGCUGCUCAGCAAGGGCUCGCUCUUCAUCGUGGUUAGUUUUGUCACAACACUCAAAGUGGGAUCAAAGGAAUCACAGUCACAGCAGUAAACGGAGUUGCUACGGAUACGAGUUCAAGCAAACGCAGGUGUGUGCAACGCUGAUCUGACGUGUUUAAUGUAAUUAAAGUUAAGUGAGGCUCUACGUUAAUCUGUCCAAAUAAUACAUAGGAGCAUAACAAUAGUUUUGCUUCGAAAUUACUGUUUUGUGGUGCUUGUGUGCGUGUGUUGCGAGUGUAAUAAAUAAGUUUUAAAAUUGUAUUUCCAUCAAUGUGUGAUGUGUUAUUAGUGCUAAAAUGAUGCUGAAUUUAAUUUAACAAUUCACACGUACCAACGCGUAACACGUGUUUAAUGAACCGGGUGGAAAAUACACUAUAAAACAUUAAACCAUAAAACCACGAUCGCGGGAACCGUUACCGGCGGAGUAUCACGUCUGUGAAGCGUACAACUGGUGCGAUUCGGUAGUUGAACAGAUAAAAGUCAAUUCAUUUGCAAUUAAUUAAGUACACCGAAAGUGAAUUCAAUUACUUUGCCGGUGGGAAACAAAUUAAGCCGAACACAUUUGUCAAUUUCGUUGGAUUUAUGAACAAGGUAUUCAAAAUGAUACAUCACCAACCGACGAAGUAUCAUCAUGCAAACCCACUAACACACUUCCUGAAUCUUCACACGUCCCACGCUACAGCGGCCGCUGCAGCAGCGUUGGCGCUAGCUACCGACACCUUAGGGCAUGGUCAUCAUGUCCAUCAGCAAACAGGACCGGGAGUGAUAGGCCAUCAGCCACAUUUGCAUUCGACAGUUAAUCCUUCGGCAUCGCAUCAACCGUUUCAGAGCAGCCAUCAACAGCCUCGGCUUACUGAAGGAUCUCAAACCAGACUGGGCAAGACUGGACAUCGGGCUAGAUCUUCUCAAGGUUCUCAGACGGACGAGGAGGAAGAGGAGGAGGAGCGGGAGGAGGAACAAGAUGAAAGUAGCAAUGAUAAGAGCUUUCUUGGGGAAUUAGGAGCACACGAGCUUAAGAACGAAGCGUUUGAUACGACGGCCGAUAUGUGUCAAGCGGAGGGUGGCAGUGAGUCGGAGAACAAUAUCGACAUCGAUGUUGAUGAUCCAGAACCACGUGACACCGAGAGCCAUGCAUCUCAAUGUGUUGGAAACGAGCGAGAUACGAUGGAAUCGAGCACGAAGGAAAAAAGGAGGCCAUCUAUUAGCAAUGAGAAGGAAGAUAACGAAGAUGAAGAUAUCGCGGCCGAUGGUAAGGGUGUACGCAAAGAAUCUCAGACACUGCAUCCAACGGACCGUAGAACAUGUGCCAGCCCGUGCAACGAAUCCACCACAGCCGUUCUCGACACGGACAGUUUCGUGGGGAAAUCAUUCACGAUAGCGGCCAUCUUGGGUUUGCGGAAGAAACAGGACGAGGCAGCGGCGGCUGCAGCAGCAGUUGCCAGCGAAUAUAAUGAAGGUGUAAUGAACCUUUCCACCGGUGCUGGCUUCCAACAGCAGCAACGUGUUGCUGCAGCAGCCGUUGCAGCAGCUGCCAUGGGGCACUUGCCGCUUGUUAUGGUGGCGGCCGCUGCCGGCAUGGAGAAACAACGUGACCGUGCCGAUAGUGUGGAUAGUGUAGAAACCUGCGGUGGAGCAUUAGGAUACGGUGCCCAACAACCCACGGCCAGUGUUGCUGCUGGAAAUGGUCCGUUAAACGCAUUGCAGAACCUUCAUCAACUACCCACUUUGCAUGGUGCUGUUGGUGGCAGCUUUUCUGGCUUCCAUCCAUCCGGUGCUGGCGGUGGUGCCGGUAGUGGACACCCGGGAGUUCAUCAACAAUCACACUUGCAAGGCCAUCAUCCGCAUCAACACCAUCAUCAUCAUCAUCAUCAUCAACAUCAUGCACUGCAUCAUCAUCAGGUCAAUCCACACUUUGCUGCUCAUCAUUUCCAUCACCAUCAGGGUCAGCAACAGGUAGGACAACAUCCACAACAGCCAGCGCAACAGCAUCUGCAGCAGCAUGCAGCAGCACAUCAGCAACAGAUUCCCGCAGGGCAUCAUAUGGCACUGGGACCACAUGCACAUCAUGGACAGAAUCAUAACAGGGAAAAGUUUAAAGAAUUGGGCAAGAAAACAGCAUUGUCCUCAUCGGCUGCAUCACUCAAAAGCAAACGGGUGCGUACGAUUUUUACGCCCGAACAGUUGGAACGGCUUGAGGCUGAGUUCGAACGACAACAGUACAUGGUGGGACCGGAACGCCUAUAUCUAGCACACACGCUCCAGCUAACGGAAGCACAGGUUAAGGUAUGGUUCCAGAAUCGGCGAAUCAAAUGGCGCAAACAUCAUCUGGAAAUAACGCAGCAGCGGUUAGCGUUGAUACGACAGCGACAGAUUGCAAGUGGAGUUCCAAUUCCUGCGGGCGAUGGACAACCUCAUCACGCUCAGCAACAGCAGCAACAGCCGCAGCAGCAACUGCAACAAAACGGAAUGAGUGGUGGUCGCAUACUGAACCCGAUCGAUUCUCCCGAGCUGACGAUAUGCACCGAUUCGAUGGAUGCACGCAGUAUUAGCGAUGGAGACGAUUAGACGGCGCAAUGGCGACAACGAGUCUGUGACAACCUAUACUGUUGCGUGAACAGCGGACUACAAAACAUCAUACAGGGAGAGAUAGUUAAAACGUACACUAACUGUACGCAAUUUAAUGUUAGUUCCUAAGCUAUAGGGCGAGCUUUGUAGCGCUUAAGUGAAGUGUUGAACCCGUGUAAAUACCACCCAUACGUAUCCGGUCACGUCGAGUGUACGUACGAUUAUGUAAAUGUUAUGUAAAUAGUUUAUGUACCAAUAAAUACCCUUCAUUAGUAACUGAA